UUGAAUUAAAAUAGCGCAUUUUGUUCUCAGCUGGUUGUUCUUCCGGGUAACAAAGGUCAACAGAGGAGAAGACGCAAGGAGCUAAGAAAAUCUACAGAGAGCUACUCAAAAGCGUCAGAAAACAUGUCUCACACCAUACUUCUGGUACAGCCCACCAAGAGGCCAGAGGGAAGGACCUACGCUGAUUAUGAGUCAGUCAAUGAGUGUAUGGAGGGUGUAUGCAAGAUGUAUGAGGAGCAUUUAAAGAGAAUGAACCCCAACAGUCCGUCGAUAACAUACGAUAUCAGCCAGCUGUUUGACUUCAUUGAUGACCUGGCUGACCUCAGCUGUUUGGUGUAUCGUGCUGACACGCAGACAUACCAGCCGUACAACAAGGACUGGAUCAAAGAGAAGAUCUACGUGCUGCUGCGGCGUCAGGCUCAGCAGGCAGCGCAGUGAAGCUUCUGAGGAGGUGGAGGGUGGGAGUGGGAGUGGUGGGGGGGAUCAGAAUUAUUUUUCCUGUCUAGAACUUGUUUUAAAAGUUUUAAGUAACUUGUUUUCAGACGUUUUUGAUUUUUUUUUCUCAUCUCAUGUGGGGGGAUGUAUUUUGUAUUUUAUUGUUGGACUUAAUAAAGUUUCCCUUUAAAUAGCAAAACUCCAGAUUCUCGUCUUAUUGUCCUAUGUUCUGUAUUUCUGUGUUCUGUCUUUUCUUUCUUGAAUUGAAUAAUUUUGCUCAUCUUUUAUUUAUUUUUUUAUCUCUGUCGUAUUUCCUUUAGUGGAAUUCUUUGUUUUCUCACUAGUUUUAUUCUUAAUGUCUUUCAUCUACACGCCCUCUUGAACAGCGUGUCAGCUGUAGAAAAGUGCUAAUAAUGACUGACUUUAGAGUACUCGUGAAGUUUUCCCCUUUUUGCCGCUGCUUUUCUGUUUACAUUAUUCUUUUUUGUAAUUGUGUUCUUUUACUGCCUUGUUCCUCAUUUUCUGCACUAUUUAUUCUCCCCCUCUCCCUUCUGCUAUCAAUUUGUCAAAUGUAGAAACAUGCUGCUGAGAAUGAUAAUUUGCCUUUCAGUCCUGCACGUUGUGAGGCUUCCAGUUUUGGCUCAACAACACAAAAGCAAAUAAGCUUAACAAAGCAAAUAAGCUCUGUGUUUAAAAAAAGGGGGGGGGUUCAAAAAGUAUGGACUGAUUUACAUGGUUUUGUUUUCUUCUUCGUUAUUAUUAUUAGAGGUGAGACUUGGCCCAACUAGAUGCAGGGACUGAAUUAAUGAAUAGCUUGGAGUUAUUUUUCAGCCUUAAUGGAUGUGUGCAAUCUCAUUCAUUGUCACAGCCACAGUUCAUUGUCUGCCUCCAUCUCACAUUAUCCAGCAUCCUCUUCAGUCACGCCAACCCUCUCCAUGUCCUCCUCCACUACAUCUGUGAAUCUUCUCUGUGGUCUUCCUCUUUUUCUCCUGCCUGACAUCCAUCUUCAACAUCCUAUGUCCAGUGUUGUCUGUCUAACUUUGUCUCCUGCUUCUCAGCCUGAGCUGUCUGUCUGAUGUACUCAUUUCUAAUCUUGUCCAUUCUGUUCACUCCAAAUGAAAAUUUUAAGCACCUUCACCUCUGCCCUCUUGUCUUUUUUGUCAGCACCACUGUCUCCAAGCUAUACAUCAUAGCAGGUAUCACUACCAUCUUGU